GAAGAAGAUGGCCUCUGAUUCGAACCUCUUCCUGGAUGAGAAGAGCUGCCUGGAGCUGCGGAUGCUCUUCCAGGCCAAGGAAAAGUACGAGGCACUGAUCGGGGAGGCCCGCUCCAUCGUUGUUGAACAGGGACACAAAAUCCAGGAACUGCAGGACAAAAUCAUCAAACAGGAAGUCCUGGUGAGAAAGAGGAAGGAGGAAGCUGACGGGAAGCGCCUCCAGAAGCAGAUCCAGAUGCUGGAGAACCGACUCAAUCAUUCCGUUGUUUGCUACGACACCAUCUUGGCCAAAAAUGCUGCCUUCCGUGAGGAGAUUGAGAGCCUCCAGAAGCAGAAGUCAGCCUUCGAUGCCAUCUUCAGCCGCCUUCAGCAGGAGCUGGAGGAUCAAAAGCGGGCCAUGGAGGCCACCACAGAGCAGGCUACGCAGGCCCGAGAGCAAAGAAUGGAGGCCCUGGCCAGUAUCUCAGCCACACGGGAGCAGUGCUGCAAGGACAUUGCCCAGUUUAACACUGAGUUCCGAGAGCUGCAGCGCGUCUACAAUCAUGAGAUGAAGUUGAAGUCCUUCAUCUCCAUGAAGCUGAUGGACCGCUCCGAGUUCGAGGAACAAGCGCGGAAGGAAGAAGCCCUGAAGCAGAAGACGCGGGCCAAGUCCAAGGGAGAGAGCUUUGAGAGCUAUGAGGUGGCCUACCUGCGGCUGCUGAAGCUGACGGAGAACGGGAACAUUGACCGCUUGGCCAAGGAGUUUGCCGAGAAGGAGAAGAAGAACUUUGCUGCCUUCAGCUACAUCACCGAGCUCAAUGACGACAAUGAGAGGCUCCUCAAGAGAAUCCAGAGUGUGCAGAACGAGAUUGACCAGCUCAAACUGGAGCAGGAGAAGGACCAGGAAGUCCAACAUGGGACCCUGAAAGAGAUAGAGGAAAAACUCCGCUAUGCGACAGAGGAAGGCAACCGCUUUGAAAAGAAGGUCAAGGAGAGCGGAAAGACUCUGGCGCAACUCACGGCCGCGGUUGACUUCCUCUUCCUGCAGAUGGGAUGUGACUCCGCCCCCAUCCGAGAACAUCUGGGGGAGACAGGGGAGGUCACCCAGCACAAUCUUAUGCAUUACUUUGGCAUCAUAGAGAAGAAGACCAAUGAGAUGCUGCUCCAGGAAGCCUUUCUGCGCUACAAGGAAGUGGAGCCUGACCUAGAACCCGGACCGGAAGUGAAUCCCUUCCUGGGAGGCUCCAACCUCCUCUCAUCCGUUGAACCUGUUGCUGUGGCCCCACCCUCCCUCGGAGCAGAACCUGACAAUGUGGAUACUCCGUUGGAUCAUGAAAAUCUCCGUGCUUUAAUUCAAGAGAAUCUGGAAAAAGAGAGAGAUGUCGUCGAACGUAAACAGUCCUUAUAAUAAUAAGGAAGGAGAAUAUAUAUAUAUAUAUUUAUUGUUGCUUCGAAUAAAUGAUGCUGUUUUGUUGCCA